CUAUUUCUUUAUAAGCCAUUAAAUUUUGUGUAUUUCUCCUCCAUGAGCUGAGCCUACACUGGUCGAAUAUGGUGGAAGGCUCAGGCGGCAGGUGGCGGUGGUUGGCGGUGGUGAUCAUGGUGGUAUCAGUAUCAGAACCUGCGCUCUCAAACCCACAAACCAACCAAGUAGGCGUGCUGGGUUGCAGUCCCUUCAAUUAUACCGACGUAGCAGAUUCUAUGAGGGUACUGAACGCCACCUUUGCUGAUCUGAGAAACCAGUUAUCCAGCGACAACAAACGCUUUGCCACCUCCACUCAGCAGCCUGUGUACGCAAUGGCGCAGUGCCGAAACUACCUCUCCACGGCGGACUGUGUCGCCUGUCUCGACGCCGCCGUGGUUGCAACCCGAAACUGCUCCAACAAAACCGGUGGUCGUAUCAUUUUUGAUGGCUGCUUCCUUAGGUACGAGGACAGUUACUUCUACGAGCAGAUUACAGAUGCAGGAACCUAUCCAACUUGUGGCAAACGAACUGACCCCAAACAAGAUGUUUUCAAUACGACAGCAAAACAACUGCUAUACGAGCUUCAACUUGCAACCCCCAGAAUUAAUGGCUUUUUCGCCGCAGCAAAGCAGGAGGCCUCUGGUGGUGGUGGUAGUGGUGGUGCCGCCUUUGCGGUGGCACAAUGUAUUGAAACAAUCGACGAAACUGGGUGUCAGGCAUGUUUGACAAUAACUUACAGAAACAUACUGGGUUGUUUAUCAAAAUCUGCAUCUGCAAGAGCUAUUGCCCCAGCUUGCUUCAUGAGAUACUCAAACAAACGCUUUUUCCCGAAUAACCAGACAACUAACCUAGCAGCCUUCCUAGAAACAGGGAGUUCAGGAAAAAAGAAAGCUAUUAUUGGAGGUGUAGUAGGUGGUGUAGGAAUAAUCAUAUUGGUAUUAGCAGCCAUUUUCAUUUAUCGAAGAUCAAAAAAGCCAAAUGCAGCAAGAAGAGGCAAUAUUCUGGGGGCAACUCAGUUGAAAGGUCCAGAGAACUACAGAUAUAAAGAUUUGAAAGCCGCAACAAAAGGCUUCAGCCAAGAAAAUAAACUCGGACAAGGAGGUUUUGGUGAUGUAUACAAGGGCACACUAAAGAACGGGGAUGUGGUUGCGGUGAAGAAACUGGUGAUUUCCAGUAGAGCAAAGGCAGACUUCGAGACUGAAGUUAGGCUUAUCACAAAUGUUCAUCAUCGCAAUCUCAUUCGCCUAUUGGGAUGUUCUGCCAAAGGAGAAGAGCUGCUACUGGUUUAUGAAUACAUGGCAAAUGCCAGUCUUGACAGAUAUAUAUAUGGAGAUAAACGAGGGAUGUUGAAUUGGAAGCAACGCGUUGAUAUAAUAUUGGGUACAGCUAUGGGUCUUGUCUAUCUGCAUCAACAGUUUCAUGUAUGCAUUAUACACAGAGACAUCAAAUCCAGCAAUAUACUACUUGAUGAUGACUUUCAGCCCAAAAUUGCUGAUUUUGGUCUGGCAAGGCUUUUACCUCAAAAUCAGAGUCAUGUUAGCACUAAAUUUGCAGGAACUUUGGGAUAUACAGCACCAGAAUAUGCAAUUCAUGGCCAUUUAUCAGAGAAAGUUGACAUCUACAGUUUUGGCAUCGUCAUCCUGGAGAUCAUUAGUGGUAGAAGGAGUAGUGACAUACGAGUCGAGCCUGUCACCGAGUAUCUCCUUGAACAAGCAUGGAAACUGUACGAGAACGAGGAACAUCUACGACUGGUAGAUAGCACUUUAGACCCCAAUGACUAUACAACAGAAGAAGUGAAGAGAAUAUUGGAGAUUGCAUUGGUGUGCACCCAAUCACCCCCCAGUCUGAGGCCAAGCAUGUCGGAACUAGUGAUUAUGCUUUCUUCAAGUGAUCGUUCAAUCUUUCAAAACCAACCAAACAGGCCUACCGUUAUUUCUGAUUUGGGGAAUAGGGUACAGGUACUUUCGGACACAUCAGCCACCACAGCAUCAUCCACUUCUCAUGCCACUGCUUCAAUUUCAGAUGUCUCCGGCCGCUAGGCUUUUAAUUUUAUGAAGAGCACGUGAGUGUUCUAUGAUGCUGUAUCUUAAAUAUUUUUAUCUGUGAGAUGCGUUUAGUCCAGAUAAAAAUGUGUAUAAUACUUAUAUAUGGAUUCUCAUGGAAUAAAUUUUUUGUCAUUUGUGUGAUUU